UCCAGAGGGACCAAAAAAAUCGUUAGAAAAAGCUUACCCGGUUUUCCCCGCACGUAUUUCGCGAUGCCCGCGCCGCGCUGCUGCAUCGUAAUCUGUCGGAACGCGAAGGCGGGCGCCGACCGGCGGACCACCGGCUACCACCCGUUCCCGGCGGACGAGUCGUUGCGCGCCAAGUGGAUCGAGUUUGUCGGGGUCGCCAACCCGGAGCGGUUCCGGUGGCGGAACAAGUACGUCUGUUCGGCGCACUUUUUGCACUCGGAGCUGACGGGAGCGGGUGGUUUGUUGGAGGGAGCGGUUCCGAUGGUGUUUGGGGCGGAGGAGGAGGACGAUGGGGAUGGAGAAGAGGUGGAGUAUUUGGAGCGGGAUGACGUGAUGGUUUCGGAUAAGCCGCCGGGGGAGGUGGUGGAGGCUAAGUUGACGCCGGCGGGGCCGAUUGUGUCGUCGGUGGUGGAGGAAGUGGAGUUGAGGGCGUUGUUUUGCCGGAUUUGUUUGAAGAAGCAGCCGGAUUUGCUGCCGCUGGGGUCGAAGCUGCACAAUGCGCCGUUGUCGGAUGUGAUUUUUACGAUCGCUGGGAUCAGGUUGGGGGUGGAUGGGUCGUUGCCGACGAAGAUUUGCGCGCGUUGCAUUGAGAAGGCGGACAUGGCGUUUAACGUAAGGAUGGAGUUUAUCCACUACGAGCGGAUCCUGAAGAAUCUGGUUAAGAAUAAGCAGCUGGAGAAUCACUAUCAGUCGUACGAUCAGCAGCGGCAUGAAGCGCGUGGGUUCAACGAGGACUACCUGAACUCGCUGUUGGCUAAUGUGAAGCAGGAGGUGCUGGAACCGAAGCUGGAAUUCACCUUUGAAGACGCGGAUCUUGCGACCAAUGCGGACGAAGAUGCGGCGUACUUUGAGGAACAUCUGUAUGAAGAAGCGGACGAAAGUCAUGAAGUGAUGGUGGAACCUGAUGGGACGGAAUCAGCUUAUGGUCAUCCGGUGAGCUUGCCUCCGGCGGAGGAGCGUGAAACGUACGUGGUGGCGAACAAUUCCGCCAACGUGAUGCGAGCUGUUCAUGACCAGGAAGACGACGAUUCGACAGAACCGACGGAGAAAGAGCCGCCGAAAGAGGCGAAACCCCAAAAGUUUGUAUUUUCCUGGAAGGAGCUGUACAAACCCAAAUCAACCCCCAAACCAAAGAAGAAGCGAAAAAUCAUCGGAUUCAUCGCCAAACCCGACCUCGUCCCCAACACCUGCUACUACUGCAGCACGGUCCACGCGGACCCGGAAACCCUGGAAGCCCAUCUGGAGCAGCACGUGGGUGAGCUGCCGUACACGUGCCUCCAGUGCCACAGCGAACAGUUCCCGGCGGUGUUCAAAACUCUGGUCAGUCUGAACAAGCACCUGAUGUCGCAUCAGUUCCCGUAUCGCUGUGACUACUGCUGGCAGCGGCAGGCCACGGAGAUCGCGUACGAAACGCACAUGCAGAACAUCCACGAGGCGGACAGCGGCGACGGGUUCACGUGCGACUACUGCGGGAUGUUCUUCGGCGCGAAGACCAAGUUCCGGAACCACAUGGCGAAGCACAAGGCCGUGGAGGAGGGACGGUACAAGUGCGAGUUUUGCGAUCGGGUGUUUGGGAACAGUUCGCUGCUGAAGAGGCACCGGAGGAUUCACACGGGCGAAAUGCCGUUCGAGUGCAACAAGUGCGGCAAGAAGUUCAACCACGAGGCCAACUUCCGCAACCACAAGCGGUCCCACAUUGGGGAAAAGGCCUACGUCUGCGACGAGUGCGGCAGAAACUUCAUCAACAGCACCGCCCUCCGGUACCACAUGGCCGAGCACUACCCGGACGAUCCGCAGUACCGCGUUCAGCAAAGCAUCCAGCGGACGCGUUACAACGACGCAGCCUCGUCCGUGUCCAAGAUGAACGACGUCGGCGUGCGCGAGUAUCGCUGCGACGUCGAGGGCUGCGCGUUCGUAUCGACGCUCUACCGGGCCUACUUCUACCACCGGAACGUGCACCUGCGCCGCUACGAAUGCCCAAACUGCGGCAAGCGAUUCCCCAUGAAAGCCACCCUCAAGAAGCACCAACAGCAGGUUCACCAAGGCAUGGUCCCGGAGAAAAACCUGCCCUGCCCGUACUGCGAGAAAAUGUUCAGCGAAAAGCAAAAGCUACAGAUGCACGUGGACGUGCACGAAAACAACCGCCGACAUCGCUGCCGAUUCUGCGAAAAGACCUUCAUCCAGAAGGUUAACUGCACGGCCCACGAGCGGAUCCACACCGGCGAGCGCCCCUACACCUGCCGCUUCUGCCCGGCAGGCUUCAUCACCUCGUCCGGACGGAAGAAGCACGAGAAAACGCACCCCGAGCUGACCGGUGAAACCGGUGAAGAUCAGAAACCGCAAAUGGUUGAAAUCAUUCAGCAGCAGCAGCCGGCGUCUCAACAGCAACAGCAAGAGUUCCUCGAAGUGCGUGGCACGGGUGGUGGCGAAGAGAUUGUGGACAUGGACGUGCUCGGUGAGGAAGAGGAGGAGGAAGAAGACGAGACGUACGACGAGGAUGUGCAUGAGGAAAACGAGGACUACGAGAUUGAGGUGGCGGAAGAGCUGGAGCCGACCGAGGAGGAGAUGGUCGAGUUUACGCUGGAGGAGAACAGUCGGGAGUGAUUAGGACGAGGAGGCGGAGGACGUUCGAGAAGGUAAGAGGGGGUUUAUUAAAUUUCCAAUUAAAUCACAGCCAUGUAAUAAAAGUUUUACAAAU